AUGACUCUGUUAUCAAACACCUUAAAGUUAACUCUUAGAAAAUACUCAACCGGGAAAUUGUGGCAAGAAGUUUCUAUACCGGUACCGUGGGGCGAAGUCCGAGGCAAAUGGUGGGGCCCCACUAAUCUGAGGCCUGUUUUAACGUUACACGGUUGGCAAGACAAUUGUGGAAGCUUUGAUCGUUUAAUUCCUCUAUUAGACACAAACAAAGUGGGUUUUCUUGCCAUAGAUCUUCCUGGACAUGGGUACUCAUCGCGCCUGCCCAAUGGGUUCUACUACAACAAUUCUACUUAUUUAUUAACUGUUAAAUUUAUUCAAAAACAUUUUAAUUGGGCAAAGGUGUCUUUAAUGGGGCACUCAUUAGGGGGGCUAAUAAGCUACGUUUACACAAUGCUUUAUCCAAAUAUUGUAGAUUUAUUAAUAUGUUUAGAUGGGGCAAAGCCUAUGAUUAACCCUCAAGGAGUUUCAAUGAUGGCUAAAAACUAUGACAUGUUUUUAAAGCAAAACGAAUACGUUUACAGCGAUAAAGAGCCUCCCAGCUACACCUUAGAAGAAAUGAAACAGCUAGUACAUCAGCCCAACAAGGGCUCAAUUAGCUUAGAAACAACCCCAUAUAUUUUACACAGAAAUAUAGCCCCAUCAAAACUCUACAAAGAUAAAUACUAUUUUACUCGUGAUCCUAGAUUAAAGUGUGGCAAUUCUUCUUUAUUCUCUCAAGAUGAAUAUUUGGCUCAUGCCCAAAACAUGACUGGUCCAAUGUUUAUAGCCAAAUACAAACAAGGCUCCUAUUAUGAAGUUAAAGAAAACUUCUACGAGGUUUUAGAUGUGCUUAAACGAAGCAGCACAGACUGUGAUUUUAAUUAUUUUGAAGGCACCCAUCAUGGGCAUUUGAAUAAUCCUGAAACUAUUGCAGAAAUGUUGCAAAGGUUUAUUCAAAGGCAUAACAUAGAGAAUAGAUGCAAUAAUGGUAUUAGUCCUAAAAUUGUUAAUAAUAAUAAUACUCAAAGUUAUUUAUUUCAAUAA